AUGACGAAACUACACCGUUUCGCGGAGUCAUCAAAACUCGAGCCUGAGUUGGUGAGAAUUCGCGGCCCGUUCAUCCUGGAUUGCGCCAAAGCCAAUUGUCAUCUAAAGGAUAUCCGGGGACAAUCGCUGUCUCAACCGACGACCCGCAGCAUUCAUCGCCACGAGGAAAUCCUUAGCCUGAACCAUCAAGUUGGUAACGGCCGAGCUGCUGCCCCGAGUUUCCUGCCUCCCAAGACGCUCGUCGUCGUCCUGGCUCUCUGA